CCAGCCCUCCCCUCCCCCUCAGCGCAGCCUGCCAGCUACUCCCAGCUCCCCCAAGGGACUCAUCCACCAGGAGCAGGCACCACUGCACCCUCGGCCCCAUGGAUGAGAGGCGGUCGCCCUCCCCCUGCUCCUCAAGGCCCUCCAGCCCCAGGACCCCACCCAGUGAGAUGUUUGGUCCUGUGGGCAUUGAGGCCGUGCUAGACCAGCUGAGGAUCAAGGCUAUGAAGACUGGGUUUGAGUUCAAUAUCAUGGUAGUAGGGCAGAGUGGGCUAGGCAAGUCCACCAUGGUGAACACACUGUUCAAGUCCAAAGUAUGGCAGUCAACUGAACCCAACCUGGAUGUACCCAUGCCACAAACAUUGGAGCUGCACUCUGUGACCCAUGUCAUUGAGGAGAAGGGAUUGAAGCUGAAGCUGACAGUGACAGACACACCUGGCUUUGGAGACCAGAUCAACAAUGACAAGUGCUGGGACCCUAUCCUGAGCUACAUCAACCAACAGUAUGAGCAGUAUCUACAAGAGGAGCUUCUGAUUACCCGUCAGCGCCACAUCCCCGAUACCCGUGUGCACUGCUGUGUGUACUUUGUGCCACCCACUGGCCACUGCCUACGGCCCCUAGACAUUGAGUUCCUGAGGCGGCUAUGCAGGACUGUGAAUGUGGUGCCGGUGAUCGCCCGGGCUGACAGCCUGACCAUUGAAGAACGAGAUGCCUUCAGGAGCAGGAUCCAGCAAAACCUGAAAACUCACUGCAUCGAUGUGUACCCACAGAAGUGUUUCGACGAGGAUGUCAAUGACAGACUUCUCAACAGUAAGAUUCGGGAGCAGAUCCCUUUUGCUGUGGUCGGGGCUGACCGAGAGCACAUAGUGAAUGGGAGAUGUGUCCUGGGCCGGAAGACCAAAUGGGGCAUCAUAGAAGUGGAAAACAUGGCGCACUGUGAGUUUCUUCUCCUGAGAGAUCUGCUCAUCCGCUCCCAUCUCCAGGACCUGAAGGACAUCACCCACAAUGUACACUACGAGAACUACCGGGUCCUCAGACUCAAUGAGAGCCACGUGCUGCCCCGGGGGCCAGGCUGGGUGAACCUGGCUCCAGCCUCCCCGGGACAGCUGAUGGCCCCUGGACCGGGAAAGGUCCGAAAGCGAGCAAACAAGGAUGCCAAGGACGAAGAGUGCUGAGGGGCCGCGGCCCAAACCUGCUAAGCUCCUCCCCUCCUAGGCAGCCAGCGCCCAACACACACCCUAGAGCAUCUAUGUGAACCUGGACUUGCUUUGUACAAAAAGCUGUGCUUUGACAACUAAAGGGUUUGUA